AUGGUCGACGUCGUCUCAAUCGUUAUCGCUGUCAUUUCCCUCGUCGGCUCGUUUCUCACCGCGGGUAUUACAGGGUGGUCCAACCAGUACACAGAAGACCGAAUGCAGCGUGCUGAAACCAAGAAGCUGAUCGCUAAAUAUCGCACCCCCCUCCUCUUAGCAGCACAAAAAUUACAGUCCAGGCUGCGUGCUAUCACGAAGGGGGGCAUCCUUCUCUGCUUUGACGACGACGACGACGACAGCGACGAGAUGAUGGAGAAUCUGAAUUGCUACACAUGCUACCUCGCAAUCGGUGAGAUUAUGACCAUCAAAAGCGAGAAUGGCGAGCGUGUCUGUAUGGGGUAUACUACCUUCAUUGCGAACUGGAGGGAUACAUCUACGCCGGAAUACACAAAAGACAUGCCACUGCAGGCUGACAAGCGGCUUUAUGGCAAACCUUUCCGAGCUUGGUCUGACCCACUUGUCAGAGGAAUUCGGUCAAUAGCUGAGGAUUACAAGAAUCCAGAAGGGGCCGUUAGGGGGCUGGAUGGUGUCCUACGGAAUUUACAAGAUGAGUUAGACAGGUUGAUUAAGACAAUAGAUCCGAAGAAUCAGAUAGUAGAUGGAGAGGGAACUAAAUCACAUGAAAUGGCCAGGCGUGGCUGGGACUGGAAAAUUGUAAAAGGCGGCCAGAAGCCGAAGCUUAGUGUGACGGGCGGUGGGGGACUUUUAGGCUAG